AGGAGGCGGGGCUAGCGGUGGGGGGUGGGGUCAGACGGUCACGGCCCGUGGUCCGCAGCGAACAUGGCCGCGGCGGAGUGGGUGGUGACGAGCGAUGGCUGCCUCCGGUGCGAGGAGGGCCUCCACGGCUUGGCCUACCACCCGUCCCUCAACGCCGUGCUCGCCGUCACCCGCAGCGCCACGGUCAAGGUCAUCGACGGCACGUCGGGCGCGCUGCUGCAGGUGUCGGGGCUCAACGCCAAGGCAGGUGGUCAGAUCGAGUGCCAUUACCUGUCGGGGGUAGAUAAGGUGGUUUUCACGGAUGGGUUUGCUGUCGGCUGCCGGAAGGAUCUUAAUGGCAUCCUGCUGCUGGACACAGCGUUGCAGGCCGCCGUCACCAAGCCUGACGACCCGGUGCACUUGGAGCUGCCCGUCUCAGAGGCCCAGCAGCUGCUCUCAGUUUGCCAGAGGAAGAUUGAUGUUUCUGGCACGGAGGGUUAUGACCAGUUCAUCUCUCAGCUAAGGGAUGGUGUCAGGAGCUCAACACAGGAGCCAGCUCUCAGCCACAAGGUGGCGAAGUGGGCGACGGUGAAGCUGUGCCUGCCGCACCACGUGCUGCGCUCUGCAGCGGCUGGGGUGGUGAACGAGCUCAAGCGUGUCGGCCUCAACUUGGCGGCGCUGCCCGUGGCAGCCGCCCUCAUGGACCGCCUCGCCUACCUUCUGCCCAGCGCUCAGGCCGAGCUGGGAGGGGGGCCAGGGCGGCCCGUAGACAGGUCCCUGAUGUACAGCGAGGCGAACCGGCGGGAGACGUUCACGUCGUGGCCUCACGCCCACUACAGAUGGGCACAGCCCGACCCCAUGGCUCAAGCCGGCUUCUACCACCAGCCGACCUCCAAUGGAGAUGACAGAGCCAUGUGCUUCACAUGCAGUGUGUGCCUCGUCUCUUGGGAGCCCACAGAUGAGCCCUGGUCUGAGCAUGAGCGACACUCGCCGAACUGCCCGUACGUCAAGGGCGAGCAUACGCAGAACGUGCCGAUUGCAGUGACGCUGGCAACAGCGCCAUCUCAGGUGCCCCAGGGAGAUGGUUCGGAACGCGUGGCCUGGCUGGGUGUUGGCAGCUGCCCCGCCACGCUCGCCACCAGCACCCGUCAUGGCCGCGUCUGCAUUUGGGACGUCCACAAGCAGAUGAAGGUGCAAGCACGGUUCUGCAUGAACCCCCGCGACCCCAUGAUUAUGCGGAGAUUGGCGCGCACGGAGCGCAUUUCCGCCGACGAGGAUUCCACAAAGCCCUGCCUCACGUGGACCGACGACACCUCGAGCAGCUCGGAUGUGCCUCGCCUUGAGAGCGACAGUGAUGACCAGCUUGAAGAUUCUGACUCCGAACCUCUUCCUUCACUUGCUGAAUUAAUAAUGGGUGCGUCGAGUGUCAAGGAGGAUUCCGCAGCAGUCACGUCCCUCGAGGUCACGGCGCUGACCCUGCUGCAGCAGCCCGAGACGCAGCAGUGGGAAAUGGUCGCCAGUGUCAUCGACGGGGCGGUGAAGGACUUGGAGGAGCUGCAAGAGAACAUGUCCCCGGUGCUGUGUGGUGGCGGGGGGAAGCAAGCCAGCUCCAAGGGCGGCGGGAACAAGGAACAGAUGAGCCUCCUCUCGGUUCCCUGCUUGCUGGCCGGCGUGCUCGUUAUCUCUAAAGCAGCUCCAGUGGGCUCCAGCGAGUGCAGUCAGCUGCAGAAUGCCGAGCCCUCUCAGACCGAACGGGUAAUGGCUAUGGAGGUGGAGUCUUCGCUGAACCUGAGCCAAGGCUCCUCUCAGACGGGGCCACGCAUGGUGCCCAUGCUGCUUACGUACGCCAUCAAGGGCUCAGAGGAGAAGGAAGGGAAGAGCUUCUCACAGCUGGAUGCCCUGGUGAGUGGGAAGAGCCUGCCAGAGGAGGACAUUGGGGUGGGUGGUACCUUCCCAGUACCGCAAAUCCUGGAGCUGGAGCUCGAUCAGCACCAGUUCUUCCUGCAGGAGCCCAUCGGCGUGAGCUACGUGCAGCAGCUGGCGCAGGCCACCCAGGGCCUAACAAAUGUGGACCGGAAGUCGUCCGCGACUGUGGUUCCAAGGCCUGGGGCACUGGUGCAGUGCCUCCCUCUUCCCCGCUUUUCUGAGGAGGAACGGAUGUCCGUGCAUUCCAUCACGCCGUGCUCGGACGGGAUGCACAUCCUCGUCAUUCUAGAGCCCCGUGCCUCGGAUGCCACCACGGCAAGUGGCGUGGAGGCCAUGAACAGGCUCAACUCUGCACUGUGUGAGGCCGAGGGGCAGGGCAUGAACAGUAGCUCGCUUAAGCCGCCGCUCAACCGGCACGAAAGCGACGCCGAGGACGCUGAGACCAGGGCUACGAGCGGUGGCUACUGCCUGCUGUACAAGCUCAACUUCAACACCCGCACCGUGACCCUGCACGAGGAGCCUGUCAGAAUACACCGCAUCGCCGACCCCAGCAACGCCAUCACAUCGCUCAUCCUCCUCUCUCCCGACGCCUUCAAUGGGCGAGACGAAGACCUGGAGGAGCAGUCCGAGAAGGUGCAUUUGGGCCAGACUCAGCCUUCCAAGCCCGGCGUGCCAGAUGAAAAAAGGAUGCUUGGUGCUCACCUAGGCCACUUUGUGGUGACGACGCGAGAAGGUUAUGUGAAGAUCAUGGAGCUGUCUACGUUUGAGACGGUGGCUUCAGUUGUCCCACCGAAAAAGGACAACAAUGGCACAGUCGACCCUUUUGUGUCUGUGGUGUACUGCUCAGGCUCCGACAGACUGUGUUCCUGCACACGAGGUGGCGAGAUCCACUUUCUGCAGGUGGGGGAGCCGAACGAGGAAGUGGAUUCGGUGACCAUGUUUCAGGAGAGCUCAUGCACGAAGGCCGAGGAGAAGGUCCAGGAAGCAAGCAAGCACUCUGCAAGCCCUGCCAGCCCUGCCAUGGCCGGGGUGGAGCUCCUGGCGGCGCAGCCUGUGCUCACUACGUCCGCCCUGACGGCGCUGGUGGAGCUCACGCAGUUCGAGACUCUGACGCCGCGCUUCUCGGCCACGGUGCCUCCCUGCUGGGCCGAGCUGCAGCAGGAGCAGCAGCAGAGACGCCACCCGCAGCAUCUGCACGGGCAGCAGCACGGGGAUGCAGCACAGCAUACGCGCACCUGGAAGUUGCAGCCGGACAAUAAAAGCUGGGAUGAGCAGAUAUUUGAGAUUGUGCUGCCCAAAGUGUGCAUGGUUGGUCACGUGGACCUGAAGUUCAUACUGAACACAGACGUGGCCAGCAUUCCUCAGAUCCAAGUUACACUGCUGCGGAAUCGCUCUCCUGGCCUCGGCAAGAUCAAUGAUUGUGCCGUUGACUCGAAAGUCGCAUUUCCUUUGACUACCCCAUGGUGCAUGAACUCAGCGGGCCAGGGCUCUUCACUGUUAGAUGGAAGGGAGGGUUGCGAGGCCAUGGAUAUCGAUGAGGGCACAGAAUCCGGCACAAAGUUGUGCCCCUUCCUGGAUGACCACAAAGAGGACAUCCUGUGUGGGCCUGAGUGGCUGGGCAAUGGCUUGGACUUGUCCGGCCAUGCCGGCGUGCUCACCCUUACCAGCCCCGCACUCAUCAAGGGCAUGGCCGGGGGAAAGUACAGAUCGUUUCUCAUUCACAUCAAGGCGGUCAAUGGUGAUCGGGCAAAUGAGGAUGGGAGUUACGCAGGGAACAAUGGUCGCUCGAUUUACCGAGCCCCAACACUCAAACCGACCACCAACCAGGGCCACUCUUUGGCCACGUUCCUCCUCAAAGCUACAGCCACCAAAGAUAAAGGAGCCACACCCAAGUUUGGAGAGAAUGGCAACUCAUCCAAGAAGUCUAAGAAGUUGCAGGGCUGUGAUGUGCUGCAGGAGGUGUCCAUCACCAUACGCAAAUUUAAAAAGACUUCCAUUCCAAAAGAAAGGGUUCAGCGGCUGGCGAUGCUGGAGCUGGCGGACUUCCCCGAGCGGCUGCUGCUCCUGCUGUGCCUCCGGACGGACGAGGGGCCACCCCCCACGGAGCAGGCCCGGAGCCUGGCCCUCGACGUGUUGUGCUGGCUGGCAGGCGUGCAUGCUCAUGCGCAGCAGUGCAGCUCCAAGGAUGGUGUGGACAGCCUGUCGAUUAAAACGCAGUGCCAUCUGGUGGAUCUGGUGCGGUGCUGCUUCCUGGAGGCUGGUCGCAGUAUCGCUCACAAGUGCGCCAAGUUUCUCACGCUCUGCAUCAGUAAUGGAAGGACGGAAGCAAUCAGAAAAGAGUUCAGCCGAGCUCUGCUCCUGGCCCUGCUGGACAAUCUCCCGUACAUUCCUGCGGCUGCCACUGCAGGAGCUCUGUACUGGUAUUUCGUGCUGCUGAAUUACGUGAAGGAGGAGGACCUGGCUGAGUGCAGCACAGCGUGCGCCGCUUUGCUCAUGGCUGUGUCGCGUCAACUCACGGACAGACUCACGCCACUGGAGGCGCUGCUGCGGGCACGGUAUGGGCUGUACCGCUCCCCGUUCGACCCCCUCUUGUUUGACUUUGAGAUGAGCGGCUCCUCUUACAAAAACGCCUACCUGGUGAGCAGCUCCAGCAACGUGCAGUCCGACGAGAUCGACCUCUCCGAGAUCAUGACAGGUAAUGGCAAGGUGGCUGGAGGUGCAGCUGCCGACAGCAGCUUCACCGCACUCACGGGGCUGCUGGAGGUGGAGCCACUGCACUUCACGUGCGUGGCCACCAGCGACGGCACCCGCGUGGAGAAAGACGAGAGGGGCAAUGGGUUUGGCAUGAUGGCGGGGCCAGGUGGAGCAGCAGCGGCCAAUAGUGGUGGGGACACAAGCCAGGCCCUGAGCACUGCCGCCCAGGCCGCGCUGCAUUCUCUGUCCACUGCUAUGGCCACGGCCGAGCAUCAGCUGCACGCCCUGCAAGAGAAGCAGCACCAGCUGCUCAAGCUGCAGCAGCAGAAGGUGAAGCUGGAGGCGAAGCUACAUCAGACAACGGCGGCGGCAGCGGCCGCGGCCUCUGCUGCGGGGGCCUCGGUGACGGCAGGGCCCUCGGCCGCCCCCCUCAUGUCGUCGGCGGCUGCUGCUGUGGCCCACCACCCUGGCUACUACCCCUACAGCUCGGAGCUUUUCCCACCCACGCCCAAGACGACACCCCUGUUCAUGACCCCGCCGCUCACACCGCCCAACGAGCCGGUCCACGUGCCCGUCACCUCUGCGCCGACCGUCAACGGGGACCUCUCCCACUUCUUCCCACCGCCUGCCUUUUCGGAGCUCAACCCAGUCACUGUGGCUCUGCACACCUCCAAGUCUAGCAAGAGCAAAUCGAGCUCCGCGGGAAAGUCAUCUGCUGCUUCCCCCUGCUCGUCUGGACCAACCUCUCUGGCGGGCGGGGGUCUGGCUCAGGCUCUCACGCAGGCGUCCCAGCUGCUGCAGCCACCAACGUACCAGUCAAUGGUCAUUGAGCGAAUGCACUCGGGUGCCCGUCGUUUUGUGACCCUGGACUUUGGGCGGCCGGUGCUGUUGACGGACCUGCUCGUGCCGGCAUGUUCGGAGCUGGCAUCGCUCGCCAUCGACGUGUGGACUCGCGGAGAGGAGGUGGACGGGCGGCGGUUGGUGGUGACGCCCGACAUCGGCACCCACUCGCUCAUCCUGCACGACCUGCUGCCCGCACCCGUGUGCCGCUUCCUCAAGGUGACGGUCAUUGGCAAGUACGGCAGCACCAACGCGCGUGCAAAAAUCCCGCUGGGGCUGUACUACGGCCACACAUACAUCCUUCCGUGGGAACAGGAGGGACGGACGAUAGUCGGAGAGCCGGAUAGCACGAGCCGGGAGGCUGAGAGCCAGGAGGAGCUGGAACAACAACUCAGCACGCUCGUCACUCUUCAGGAGGACAUCCAGUGCAGGUACAAUCUGGCGUGCCACCGCCUGGAGACCCUGCUGCAUGCCGUCGACCUGCCCCCGCUCUCAAGCGCUGGCAACGGCCACCACUCCCUGCGGCGGCCGGAGCGCGCGGCCGAGGAGGACGCCCGCGUGUGUGCCGCCUAUCAGGCGUGUGCGCAGCUGCAGCUGCAGCUCAACCUGGCUCACCACGCUGUGGCCCGGCUACGUGUGGCCCUGGGGGCGCCGCGCUCUGAGGGCGGAUUCAUAGGCGGCGGUGGCCCCACCACGGCGUGGUCCAGCCGGAAAGAGGAGGACGCCGCGGCGGGCGGUGGCCUGCCGGAGAGCAACCGUUCCCAGAGGGACCUGAUCCUCGGCUCGUCGACCGAGCAGCUGCGUACCGUUAUCAAGUACCUGCUCGACACGCUCCUCAGCGUGCUGCACACAUCCAAUGGUCAGCCCGUGCCAUCGGUGCUGCAGCAGACAUUCCAGGCGACGGCCUGCGAGGAGCUCUUCAAGCACUUGUGCCUGAGUGGGACGCCGCGCAUCCGCCUGCACGCGGGGCUGCUGCUGGUGCAGCUGUGUGGGGGUGAGCGCUGGUGGGGCCGCUUUCUCGCCAACGUGCUGCAGGAGCUCUACAACUCGCAGCAGCUGCUUGUCUUCCCGCAAGACCGAGUAUUUAUUCUGCUGUCGUGCCUGGGCCGGAGAUCCCUGAGCAACAGUGGAGUUCUUGAGUCGCUGCUGGCUCUCUUGGACCGCCUGCUCUCUCCACUGCAGCCACAGUCUGCCGGCUGGGAAGAUGUUCAACCUUGCGGUGUGCUGGAUAUCCCGCUUGUGAGCUGGGUGCUCAUGCUGGUGUCUCGCCUGCUUGACUGUGUAACCAGCGCCGAGGAUGAGGGCCUGGCGGUCGGGGCUGGGGGCAAAAAAAUUGCUGUCGACAAAGAGAUCGAAAGGCUUCUGGCCGGAAACCAGUGGAGCUUUGUCAACAACAGUUUCCAGCCUCAGAGCUUAAGCCGGUCCAGCAAGGGCCACAGCAGGCUCUACCUGAACAAAAUCCGCAAGCAACUCAUGCACCACAAGCAGCAACUGAGUGUCCUGAAGGCCAAGCAGAAAGCCCUGGUGGAGCAGAUUGAGAAGGAGAAAACGCAGAUCAACAAGGGGGGUUCCUACAAACUAUUGAUGGAGCAGGCCAAGCUCAAGCAGGCCACCUCCAAGCAUUUCAAGGACCUCCUUCGCCUGCGUCGUGUGUCGGGCUGGGCCCGUCCGGGUGGCGAGGCCGGCGAGCAAGCGGCAGGCACCGGCUGGGAUGGGCCCGAGGUGGAGCCGUUGCCGUUCACCCUGCCCCACCAGCAGUGCAUCCCCGUGGUGCAGAAGCUGCUUUCGUUCUUGCUAGCCAUGGACUUCACGUGCCACGCCGACCUCUUCCUCUUCGUGUGCAAGGUGCUGGCACGGCUGUCCAACUGCACGCGGCCCAGCAUCCACCUGAGCGAGAUCGUGACUGAGCGGCAGCUGGAGCGCCUGCUGCUCCUCAUGGUCGGGACGGACUUCAACAAGGGCACCAUCGCGUGGGGCGGAGCUUGGGCGCAGCAUGCGCUCACCUGCAUGCUACAGGACAUCCUCGCAGGGGAGCUGCAGUCAUCUGGCUCGGUAGGAGACGGGGUCACUGACGAUGGCGUGACGCUUGGAGACGAGGCGGCCGGUGCCAUGCCCGACAUGUCUGAUGACAGCCCCCAGCCGUCCACCUCCAAUUCCAUCGGAGAGCCCAGCGAGAGUGAGCCAGUGACGCCUGACAUCUUGGCAGUUACCGUAACGGCAGCUUCCAUGGAGAAGGACAAAGACAUGGAGAUGCUUCAGGAUUUCGCUGAAAUCCCUGUUUUCCCGUUUGAUGUCUACUACGAUGACGACCCUCUGGCUGCCAAAGUUUUCAAGCCCCCAGGAGGCUCAUGGUACGAUCACUGGGUCUACUCGGACUACACGACCUAUGCUUACCCGACGCACAGCGGAGUCACUGUGCCCGUCACCAAGACGGCCAACAAUACCAAUAAUAACAAUGUGGACAAGGCCAGCACUCAGACUUUUUCCAUCUUGGUCUCGCAAGCGGUGGACGCGCGACUGGAGGUCGGACUGGACCUGCAGGCAGAGCUGAUGCUCAAGAUGAUGGCGACCCUCGAGGCGGACUCGGUGCUGCAGGCCCUCACAACCGCCACGCCCUCCGCUGCCAUGGUGCGGCAGGGCAUGGUGCUGGAGACGCUGCUCUGGGGAUCCAACAGCCAGGCCCAGGCAGUCUCCACCCCCGCUGCCUCAACGCCGAUGCUCAGCGCCUGCUUCAAUCGACUCUUCUCUUCGCUACAACUGCACCAGGUUCAGCUGGACUCGCUGCUCCACCUCUGGCUGACCCUGAGCCAGAGCUCGUCUCCAUCCAGCCUGGAUGACAACACCUCCGAGUUGUACACCUUCUGUGCCAACAAGGCCCCGGCGAUUCCUCUCUCACAGGUGUCAAUUUCCACGCUGCUGGCAGCAUUGGCGUGGUAUCCGGAUGCCAGCCUUCGCACCUGGUGUCUGGCCCUGCAGAGCUUGGCUCUCAUGACUAACAUUCAGGCCACACCUUCGGCAGGCGUGUCCUCUGCUACCACGGACAGCAUUGCACAAGCCAUGGUCCUGGACACCAACCUGGUGGUGGCGUUGGGUCGGUUCCUCUCGGGACGGAAUCUGCACAGCACCAACCAUUACAGCACCCAGGUGGGGCCAACAGUGAUUCAAGCUCUGCAGGAGUUCCUGAGCCGCCUACAGGUCCAUCUGUCUCCCACAUGCCCCAGCCUCUUCAACGAGUUCCUGCUCAGGCUCGUGCAGACCCUCUCUGCAGAAAGAGGACCAUUCUACACGGGGGAGGGUCCGCUGGAUGCACAGGUGAAGCUGCUGGAGUUCACACUGGAGCAGGCUUACGAGAGCGUGGUCGUGGAGGCCGCUUUGGGCACCGUGGAGUCGGUGGCUGCCCUCGUGCACACGUACAUCACCUGCUCGGACCGCCUGGUGUCGCGCAGCAGCUCGGAGGGGGCCGUGGGGGCACGCUCCUGCUUCGGGGGCCUCUUUUCCAACAGCACGCGGCCCGGCGAGACCCAGGUGCCCAUGUGUUCCGGCGCCGAGGUGACACGCGACCGUCUCAUGUUCAACCUCCUCAAGCUGCUCAGCCUCCUGGUGCGCCUGCCCCUGUCCGGCGACCGUACUCACACCACCCGUGUUCAGCCAGAGGCCACCGGUGCGACUGCCACUGGCUCGAGCUCCACGGGCAGCGUGUCCGACGAGGAGAAGGCAUCAUCGGGCGGGGGCAGGGACGCCGAGGGUGGCCUCACGCCCGAGAGGCCCGCUCAGGCCUGCGUGGCUGACCUGGUACUCGCCAACCAGCAGAUCAUGAGCCAGAUCCUCUCAGCCCUCAGCCAGUGCAACAGCAACACCAUGGCCAUGAUUAUGGGCGCGAGUGGACUCCACCUGAGCAAGCAUGAGAGCCUGCACAGUGGCAUGGAUGCCAUCUCCGUGGGCGACGGGCUCUUCUCCAUCCUGAGCACCCUGAGCCAGCGUGCCACAUCUCCCCAGCUCAUGCUCCAGCCCAUCCUCACCUACAUGGCCUGCGGCUACAUGGGUCGCCAGGGGUCCCUUGCCACUUGUCAAAUGUCCGAGCCACUCCUGUGGUUCAUUUUGAGGGUGCUGGAUUCUGCAGAGGCCCUCAAAACUUUUCAUCUAAUGGGUGGAGUACAGCUCAUCUGCAACAACAUGGUGACGAGCACACGUGCCGUAAUCAACACAGCGCGGAGCAUGGUGUCCACUAUCAUGCGCUUCCUCGACCUGGGCCCCGGUCGCUCGCACGAUGGUGGUCUCAAGGCACGCGUGCUCACCUCCGAGGCCGACAACUCCGAAGGACUGCACAACUUUGCUCCGUAUGGUACGAUCACAUCGAGCAGCCCAACAGCGCAGCCUGCCGAGGUGUUGCUGCAGGCCACGCCGCCCCACCGCCGAGCGCGCUCCGCCGCCUGGUCCUACGUGUUCCUGCCCGAGGAGGCGUGGAGCGACCUCACCAUCCACCUGCCGGCUGCCGUGCUGCUCCGCGAAAUCCACAUCCAACCGCACCUCGCCUCGCUCGCCACGUGCCCCUCGUCCGUGUCUGUGGAGCUGAGUGCGGACGGUGUGAGCAUGCUGCCCGUCUCGUGCCCAGUCGUCACGUCCGGACUCACGUACAUCAAGUUGCAGCUCGUCAAGGCCGAGGUGGCGACGGCCGUGUGCCUGCGCCUGCACUGCCCGCGCGACUCGGGAACUCUGGGCCUCUCGCAGAUCAAGCUGCUGGGCCUGACUGCCUUUGGGGGCAUGUCUUGCUCCACAGUCAACAAUCCGUUUCUGCCCACCGAGGACCAGGUGUCCAAGACCAGCAUCGGCUGGCUGCGGUUGCUGCACCACUGCAUGACUCAUGUGAGCGAGCUGGAGGGCGUGAUGGCGAGCGCCGCCGCUCCGACGGCCAACCUGCUGCAGACGUGCGCCGCGCUGCUCGUGUCGCCCUACUGCGGCAUGCACGCGCCCAGCAUUGAGGCCGUGCUGGUACGGCUCGGCCUGCAGUCCGCGCCAAUGGGUCUGCGCCUCAUCGACAUCUUGCUGAGGGAUGGCGCCGCUUGCGGGACGCGCCCUAACGAUUUGAACAGCCCUUUGCUCCUGGGUAGACUCAAUGGCCUGUCCUCUGACUCCACCGUGGACAUUCUCUAUCAGCUGGGCACCACGCAGGACAGCGGCACGAGGGCCAGGGUGCGGUCGCUGCUGCAGUGGGUAGCCGAGUGUGCGCGGCUGGGCGGGUCUCGGCGGCCCGAUGCGCUGUCGUCUGAGCAGGGCCUGUUGGUGCCAUCACCAUCCCAUGUGCACUGUGUUGCUGCCAUCCUGUGGCACAGCUACGAGUUGCCCGUGCAGUACGACCUGCCCGGCUUGCUCACGCGUGAGCUCUUCCAGGCGUUGUACACCUGGUCCACCUCCCUUCCCUUCAGCGUGGCUCUCAAGAAGGCGGUGGACUGGCUGUUGUGCACAUUCUGCCACAUCCACCCGAGCUACUUCCCAGGACUGCUGGGCUGGCUCGGUGUGCCCCUCCCCUCUCUGCAGGCCCAGCGCAGCAUGGCUCUCACAGACGACAGCAAAAAGGCCGAUCUGCGUGAGGGUCUCACGGAUGACUCUAAGCGCGGCAGCGCCAUGCUGAACACCGACGAUCGCGUUCCCUUAGCGUCCACCCUGGACGAAUUGCGACUGGCGACGCUGGCGGCUGUAGCACAGUCCCCUGAAGCCACACGGCAGCUGCUGGACUCACGGUUUCCCGCGCACCUAGCCCAGGGGUUGGUGGACUGUUGCUUGGCCCUCAUUUCUGCUACAGCCUCAAGCCCCAGCUCAGACCAAGCGCCUUGCACCAGCAGAAACGGUGCGUACGUCGAGGUAGACGGCCCACACCACAUGGAAUUGACGGCAGACCUCGUCACGCCGGUGCUGCGGUUCUUCACCGAGGUUGGCAGCAGUCACACGAUGAAGGACUGGCUCGGAGGGCCUGAGGGCCGCCCAUUGUGGACGUCGCUGUUGUCCCUGCUCUGCUACUCUGUGUCCACCUCGUCCCCAUCCACUUUGUCCUCCUCUGCCACCUCGUCCUCGUCCACGCCGUCAUCGUCCUCUGCCUCGCUGUCCACCGGGGGCUGCAGCGCUAACGGUGCCGCCAGCAGUUGCGGUGCUCCGCGGCCGUGCUUGACCUCGCUGGCCUCCGCUUCGCCAGGGGUCCUCACCACACAGCAGAAGAGCAGCAUUGAGAAUGCGGCGGUUGCAUUCUUCACACAGUGCAUCUGUGGGCACCCUUCCAACCAGAAACUCAUGGCCCAGGUGCUCUGCGAGCUGUUCCACGUGACGCCCCUGCGCAACAACUUGCCCGUGUCGGGCAGCAUUUCGGGCUUCGUGCGCCGCCUCUUCCUGCAACUCAUGCUGGAGGACGAGAAGGUGUUGGUGUUCCUGCACUCGCCAUGCCCGCUGUACAAGGGACGAGUGAACGCCAUCAGCCACAUGAUUCAGCACCCCAUGUACGGAGCCGGCCACAAGUUCCGCACCCUACAACUGCCCGUCUCGACCACGCUGGCCAGCGUGCUCGACCGUGUAUCUGAUACACCAAAUACUGCGAAGCUCUUUGGCGGGCAGAAGGAGGAGAAGGAGAAGAAGCCCCAGGAGAGGAAGGAGAAGGGCAAGUUUGACAGCGGCUUGCAGGAUGCCUAUGGAGUUGUCAUGGCUUCCGGCCUCAAGUCGCAGUCAAAGCGCUCUGUGUCGGCGACGCCUCCGCGACCCCCUACACGCCGCGGCCGAACAGCGGUAAACCCUACCCUGGCCGAGAGGGCAUCUGCCGACUCUGCCAGCAAGACCAUCAGCAUCCCUGUGCUGUUACUGUACCACCGUCUGCUGCCUGGUCAGCCUCUUCCUCCCGAGCUCACCUUGGCACAGCUCUUGGCCCUGCUACACGACCUCAAGUUGCCGCAGGGAUUUUGUUCCAUUGACCUCACCGUCAAGCUUGGCUCAAAGGUCAUUCCUGACUCCAGCCUGUCCAAGACUGAUGCCUACAAACGCCUGAGGACGGAGAAAGAGCAAGGCGUGGAGCUGCCGCUGGCAUGCGUAGAGGCAGAGGGACUGCAGACUGUGGAGGAGUCCAUGGACGUGGCCCUGGACGAAUCUCUGCUGGAGACGGCGCCCGUGCAGUCUCCGCUGCAGGUGUUUGCGGGUCUUGGAGGCCUGGCGCUCAUUGCCGAGCGAUUGCCCAUGCUCUACCCGGACAUCAUUCAGCAGGUGAGCGGGCCAAUGAUGGCUGCAUCGGGACAGGACCGUGGCACGCGGGACCCUGAGCAGUUCGAAUGGGUCACAUUAGAGCCGAGCGGGGAGAUGGGCGGAUAUGAGCCGACGGAGAUCCUGGAGCCCUGCGUCGCACCCUCCACCUCGGGCUCCACCGUGGCGGUCUCCGUCGCGAAGCCUCUGCCGCGGCCGCCGUCUUUCUGCCCCAUCCCUGCGCAUUCCCUGGCCGCGUUCGGCCUGUUCCUGCGGCUGCCCGGCUACGCCGAGGUGCUGCUCCGGGAGAGGAAGCAUGCGCAGUGCCUGCUGCGCCUCGUGCUGGGCGUCACUGAUGAUGGCGAAGGAGGCCAUAUCCUGCAGUCGCCAUCGGCGGGUGUCUUGCCCACGCUGCCCUUCCACGUGCUGCGCACACUCUUCAGCUCCACGCCGCUCACGACGGACGAUGGCGUGCUACUGCGCCGCAUGGCGCUGGAGAUCGGCGCCGUGCACCUCCUGCUCGCGUGCCUCUCGGUGCUGUCGCACCAUGCGCCGCGAGUCAGCAGCUCCAGCCUCACGCAGGCCGAGAUGGCGACGGGCGGGGCUGGGCAGGUGGCAGCUGGCCCCGGAGACGAUCAGCAGCUCUACUGGGCUAAAGGGACUGGCUUCGGCACUGGCUCCACCACCUCGGGCUGGGACGUGGAGCAGGCACUGAGCAAGCAGCGCAUGGAGGAGGAGCACGUCACUUGCCUGCUUCAGGUGCUGGCGAGCUACAUGAACCCCGGCGGGGUUUAUCCUGCUGCGGAGGCGCACGGUGGGGAGGCCGGGCGGCCCAGCCACACGCCGCUGCCGCCCAUGCUGCUUGAAUUGCUGUGCCAGUCGUGCCUCACCCUGGCCGUGGCCUCGUAUCUGCGCAACGACUCGGUUUUGGACAUGGCGCGCCACGUGCCACUGUACCGGGCUCUGCUGGAGCUGCUUCGCGCCAUCGCCCUCUGCCCGCCGCUCGUGCCCCUUCUGCUGCCCCUCUCGGGAGGGCCACCCUCCGACGUCCAGGAGGACUCUGAGACCGCGUCUCAAGGCUGCAUCUCUGCCCUGCUCACAAAGAUGAAAACCUGUGUUGACACGUACAGUAACAGACUCAGGUCAAAGAAGGAACGGGGCAAAGCCAAUGGGAAAGUGGAUUCGGAAGCCGAAGCAGAGGGCCUCACCCUGCUGGUACCUGACAUCCAGAGGACAGCGGAGAUUGUGCACAAGGCAACCACCAGCCUCAAGCAGGCCACACUCGACAAACAAGAUCUUGAAAACAGGAGUAUUUUUUCAAGACCCAGGAUGUCUACUGCUGGAAAAUCAAUGGAGGAAAGAUAUGUUUCCAUUAUGAAGGACUUACAGUUUGACACGUUUGAGCUGGUGUCCGAGGACGAGGAUGGCAAGCUGGUCUUCAAGGUGAGCCACCACUACAUGUCGCAGGUGAAGAGCGCCAACGACAGCAACGGGGCACCGCGCGCCCGCCGCUUGGCGCAGGAGGCCGUCACCCUCUCCACCUCACUGCCGCUCUCCGCGUGCUCCAGCGUGUUCGUGCGCUGCGACGAGGAACGGUUGGACAUCAUGAAGGUUCUAAUCACGGGCCCCGCUGAUACCCCGUACGCUAAUGGCUGUUUUGAGUUUGAUGUCUACUUCCCGCAAGAUUAUCCCAACUCCCCGCCGCUCGUGAACCUCGAAACAACGGGGCGGAACAGCGUGCGAUUCAAUCCCAACCUUUACAACGACGGCAAGGUUUGCCUGAGCAUAUUGAACACGUGGCAUGGUCGCCCCGAGGAAAAGUGGAAUCCGCAGACAUCCAGCUUUCUGCAGGUGCUGGUGUCCGUGCAGUCACUUAUCCUGGUGUCGGAGCCGUACUUUAACGAGCCAGGCUAUGAGCGGUCACGCGGCACGCCCAGUGGCGCGCAAAGCUCUCGCGAGUAUGACGCCAACAUCCGGCAGGCGACGGUCAAGUGGGCCAUGCUAGAACAGAUCUGCAGCCCGUCGCCCUGCUUCCGGGAGGUUAUUCUCAAGCACUUUUACCUGAAGAGGGUGGAGAUAAUGGCACAGUGUGAGGAGUGGAUCGCCGACAUCCAGCAGUACAGCACAGACAAGCGCGUGGGCCGCACCAUGGCACACCAUGCCUCCGCGCUCAAGCGACACACAGCACAGCUGCGGGAGGUGCUCAUGAAGCUGCCAUGCCCUGACGGCCUCGAUCCGGAUGAAGCAAUGACAGCGGCGAACCCGGCUGCCAUGCUACACAGCGACACCGCCUCCCAGCAGCCUCUACACGGCAGUCAAUUCGACUCGGGCCUAGGCAGGCCAAGCCCCGGGUCUCUAGGUGAAAUGAUGAUGGGUCUAGUGACCGGUGCAUCCCAGUGGCCGAGUUUAGCUGCAGAAUAUCCGGAAGAGACUGAGCUUGUUCCCGGAGAUGGCUCAGAGCUAGAGACCAAGGCAGAACUGCCCCCAGCUGAGGGUGGUGUGGAUGACGGGACCUCAUCAGACAUGGGAAAGCUGUGACCGAUUACCUGCCUGUUGACAUGGGCAAUGUAAAAUAUAACAUCGAAAGGCCAUUGCCUCGGACUGCAAACACCUUUAGGGAGCUGUGUGCAGCAUUGUGCAGCAAAGUGUGGACAAGUGGGACUUGAAUAAUUUAUCAGCUGUUGUGUAAUCUUACAAGGAGUUUGAGCCUUCUGUCGGUUUAAUUUUCAUUGCUGAGAGGUGUGUGAUGUGUGGCAUCUCCAAAUCCCGAAGAAAUCCCGGCAGUUUUUUUACUUCCUCUCGUAGGAGGACUGAUUUAUGUAUUGAUGAUCCCACUGUAUACAGAAGAGCACGGUGAUUUAUUCUGUCAUCAAAGGCCCAACUCCAAAAUGCUGAUCUAUCGUGGUAUGAUGGGAAACAUUCACGGUGGGGGAGGGGGGGGGGGUCAUAUAAAGCAGACACCUAAAUGUAAUAAAAUAUCCAUAAUUUCUGUCUAAUAGCAGCAAUCUCACAGUUGUUUAAUAUCACCCAACACUUGUAUUAUUUAAUCCGCGUAGCUUGUGUUUACUUUGGAAGUGUUUGUUAUUGUGUCUUGCUGAGAUAUUUUCACAUUUUAUUAUUUCCAUUUGGAUUUCUAUCCAAGCCAUUGAUGCUGAAAUAAAGCAUACUCAACAUUCUA